AUAGCUAGUUAAAAUGGCCCUUUUGUUAAAAAAAAUGUACAAAGGAUAUUUUUGGUUGUUUGAGGAUAUCGCAGAUCCAAGAGCCAAUGAAUAUUUCCUGUUAAGUAGUGUGUUUAAUAUUAUACCAAUAGCAUUUUUUUAUGUAUACUUUUGCAAAAAACUAGGACCAAAGUUAAUGGAAAAUAGGAAAGCAUUUGAUUUAAAAUAUAUCCUUAUAGUAUUUAAUUUAAUACAAGUUUUAGUGAAUGCUUAUGUUGUUAUUGAGGUAAUUAGGUAUAUACCGAAGAUGGGAUUCUAUUGUGGAGAUAUAGACUACUCAAACGAUCCAGAUGCUAUUCACAUGCUAGAUAUAGUAUACAUUUUCUUCAUCAUGAAACUCUCAGAUCUUCUUGAUACAGUAUUUUUCAUUCUACGAAAAAAAUUCAACCAAGUCAGUUUUUUACACGUCUAUCAUCACUUUGGAAUGUGUCUAGGGUCGUGGGUGGCGAUGAAAUUUUUUGGUGGAGGCGCAACAGUCAUUAUAGGAGCUGUCAAUGGUUUCGUACAUUGCGUUAUGUAUAGUUAUUAUUUACUUACCGCCUAUGAUAGUGACUACAAAAAGAGCGUUUGGUGGAAAAAACACAUCACCCAAAUACAGUUGGUACAAUUUUUGUUCUUCAUUAUAUACUACUCAAGUUUUUUGGUCACAAGCAGUUGCAACUAUCCAAAAUUUAUUCCAUUUUUAUUCGUGCCACAAAAUUUUUUCAUGUUAUGUCUGUUUGGAGAAUUUUAUUGGAGAACGUAUAUUAAAGCAAAGGAACCUAAACAAAAUAAAUGAAACAAUUUAAUAUA